AUGCAGUUCACGAGUGCGAUUGUGCGCCGUAAUGUCGCGGCGGUGCGGCCAUCCAUGGCCCGCACGCUCACCGCCUCGGCCCGUGUGAUGAAGAGCAACCCCAACUACGAGGCGGGUGUCCCGAUCCCGACCGGCGACUCUGCCUCGGGACAGCGUGAUCUGGUCGGCGAGCAGGUCAACCGUAUCGGCGAGCCUGCGCCGAUGUCGCUUGUCAGUGACGCUCCGAACUCGCUCCACCAGCGCAUGGUGCGUGUGUUCCAGCCGGCCAAGUCCGCCACGACUUCCGGCAAGGCGGGCACGCGUGACUGGCGCGUGGACUUUGACGUUCUCCAGGGCUCCGGCCGCUGGGAGAGCCCUCUGAUGGGCUGGGCUAGCACUGCGGACUCGCAGCAGGCGCUCAGCAUGAAGUUCGACACGAAGGAGGACGCGAUCCACUUCUGCCAGAAGCAGGGCUGGGACUACCUUGUCCAGGAGCCCCACAAGGCGCGCAUUCCGCCCAAGACUUACGCGGACAACUACAAAUACGUCCCGGGCAAGCUCCGUAUCCACCACACCAAGUAG